GCACCAAACAAAAGAUGAAGACAACCCAACAAAAACAAAGGAACUAGGAAGUUAUUUGUCGAGACACACUGAUUGGGAGCGGGAGGUCAGGUGACUGCAGACCAGUGCUAAUGGGGAACAGGUGAAAUGAAUGAGGGCGAGGCAGACAAUCAAAUCUGGCAGGAAAACACCCAGGCAGGAAGUGAGGUGAUGUGAAAGGAGAGCAGAGAUUUCUAUCCAGUAAGGCUGGGAGACGGAUGGCUGCUCCUGGAGGCGCAUUCUCUGCAGCGCUUAGGCGGUCACAAGACUUGGACAUCGACAGUGAAGUCAUGCAGGUGGAGAGGAAAUGGCACAUUCUGUUGACAAUCUUCUUUCUGCUCAUCACCUCGGGCCAGUGUAUGGACAGCAAGGACGUCAAGCAGAAAGAAAGAAGGACCCUGUUGGAUCUAAUCUUGCAGGUUAUCAGAGACAGCCAGCAACGGGACAAACCCGUCUCCAGGCGCUGUAGCAGUGGACUCUUCACUUCAGCCCAAGACAUGAAGUUCUCCUCCCGUGAAAAGCCUUUCUAUGUUCCUAGGCUGGAUAACAGUAGACUCAUAGAAAUCUUUCCUAGAGAUGUAAACAUGAAAGGCAAAUUCAUUCAGCAUUUCACAGCAGGACCAGUCAAGUUCUCGUCGGAGUGCAGAACACACUUUCAUAGACUUUAUCACAACACGAGGGAUUGCUCAAGACCAGCAUAUUACAAAAGAUGUGCAAGACUGCUAACACGAUUAGCAAUGAGUCCACUCUGCAUGCAAUCGUAGAUGUUGCAUGUAAGUCCCAAAAUAAUGGAAGAGGGAUCAAUGUGUUGCCAAGGAAGUGCCUUCAAAUCCACAGCAGUCAUAUGAACAUUGUUGUGUUUAUAACGUUUCUAUUUUUGUUGUUCUUGUCAUUAUUGAAAAUGCUGAUGGACAUUGUUGGUUUUUGAAUGGAUGUGCUUUUUAUUUUAAUGUACCUGUAUGAAACAUUAAUUUAAUAUUAAAUUCACCUAU